UCACCGUCAGCCCCCGCCAUCGUGGACAGCAGAAACCACUUCUCCCCUUCUCCCCUCCAAAGCUCCGGACCCUUCUCCCCUUUCCCCUUCACGCUUCGCUCCGCUUCGCCCCUCGCCGACGACUAUUUAAAACCCGCGCUUCUUUCCCGUCGGCUUUCCGGUGAGAGGAAACCAUUUUUUAACCCCCGCGAGAGACCCACAGCCGAGCAGGGGGAGCUCGAUCGAGAAGCGUCUGGGGACUCGGGGGAGCGCUCCAAUGGCGUCGUCCCACAUCAUCCUGCCCAAGGAGGAGGAGGAGGCGGCGGCGGAGGCCGGGCUGGGCGUGGCGGUGGAGGCGGACCACGACUCCCCGGCGCAGCGCCCGUUCCAGGAGCAGGCGCCCGGGAAGGCGGCGCUGCCGUUCUCGGCGACGUGCGUCCGGAUCUCCCGCGACUCGUACCCGAAUCUCCGCGCGCUCCGCAACGCUUCGGCCCUGGACCUCCACGACGACGACGCCGCCUUCGUCAAGCUCGAGGAGGGCGACUACGGAUACGUGCUCGACGACGUCCCGCACCUGACCGACUACCUACCCGACCUCCCCACUUUUCCCAAUCCUUUGCAAGAUCAUCCGGCGUAUUCAACUGUCAAGCAGUAUUUUGUCAAUGCAGAUGAUACAGUACCUGAAAAGGUGGUUGUUCAGAAGAACAGUCCACGAGGAGUCCACUUCCGACGUGCUGGACCUCGUCAGAGAGUGUAUUUUGAAUCAGAAGAAGUGAAAGCUUGCAUUGUAACAUGUGGAGGCCUUUGCCCUGGGCUUAAUACCGUCAUCAGAGAGUUGGUGUGUGGCUUGUCCCACAUGUACAAUGUUAGCAAUGUCUUCGGAAUACAGAACGGAUACAAGGGUUUCUAUUCAAGCAAUUAUCUUCCCAUGACACCAAAGAGUGUGAAUGAUAUCCACAAGCGAGGUGGUACAGUUCUUGGAACAUCACGUGGUGGCCAUGAUACCAAAAAGAUUGUUGACAACAUUCAAGAUCGUGGAAUUAAUCAGGUGUACAUUAUCGGAGGAGAUGGAACUCAGAAGGGUGCAUAUGAGAUAUACAAGGAAAUUCGAAGACGUGGUCUACAAGUAGCUGUUGCUGGCAUUCCCAAGACAAUUGAUAAUGAUAUAGCGGUUAUAGACAAGUCAUUUGGUUUCGAUACUGCUGUAGAGGAGGCCCAGCGUGCCAUCAAUGCAGCUCAUGUGGAAGCUUCAAGUGCUGAAAAUGGGAUAGGUUUAGUGAAGCUUAUGGGUCGUUAUAGUGGGUUUAUUGCCAUGUAUGCUACUCUUGCAAGCAGAGAUGUGGACUGCUGCUUGAUUCCAGAGUCUCCCUUCUAUUUGGAAGGGGAGGGUGGACUAUUCGAGUAUAUAGAUAGGAGGUUGAAGGAGAACAACCACAUGGUUAUUGUGGUGGCUGAGGGAGCAGGACAGAAUCUUAUUGCUCAAAGUAUACCUGCUGCAGAUCAGCAAGAUGCCUCUGGAAAUAAGCUGCUUCUUGAUGUUGGUCUCUGGUUGACUCACAAGAUCAAGGAUUAUUGCAAGGGCAAGAAGAUGGAAAUGACUAUUAAAUACAUUGAUCCAACUUACAUGAUCCGUGCUAUUCCAAGCAAUGCAUCAGACAAUGUCUAUUGCACACUGCUCGCACAUAGUGCCAUUCAUGGUGCAAUGGCAGGAUACAGCUUUACAGUCGGAAUGGUCAAUGGCAGGCAUGCGUAUAUACCAUUUCAUAGGGUAACAUCAACGAGGAACAAGGUGAGGAUAACCGAUAGGAUGUGGGCAAGGCUGCUGUCUUCAACCAACCAGCCGAGCUUCCUGAGCAAGGAGGACAUCGACGCGGCCAGAGAAGCUGAUAAGGCGGCCAACAAGAGGAUGAACGGAGAGAACGCGAAGAAGCAACCUGCAUCAGUGUUGGCAAAUGGCACCAUCGGCGUCGAGGCUCCCUCUACGGCGUCGGCACUACCGCACCGGCCGGCGACCGGAGCUGUGCCGCCAUCUGCAUCACCAGACGUCGACGCCGCGAGGAUCCAGGACCCGGACAAUAAUGCGAAGAACGAGGCAGGUGCAGCUGCGGGUGAUCAGGAUGAGCAGCCGAGCCAGGAGGCUCACGGCGCAGGUGGAACCGUAACGCAGCUGGAGGAGGAGAAGCCUACGCCCGGAACAGACGCCUCGUGGCCCACGACACCACGGGGGACGCGGCCGCCACCACAGCGCGACGUCGCGCCGGCGCCGCGAACCGGAGAUCGCAACGCGCGGGCCGCGCCCGAGACGGAGCCGGACGUCGAGGCCGUAAAGCCCGGAUCAGGCUGCACCACGCCACCGCCGGCGCACGACUCGGAGGCGUCCGACGACGGCCGCGGAAGCCCACUGCACGAGGAGAAGCCGGGCGCGAGCGUGGCUGCUGCCUCCAGGUCGAGGCUGCUCUCGUUCCGGUCCUUCUCGCGGGACAAGAAGGCGAACAAGUCCGACACGGCGGAGCACAAGGAGAAAGGCAAGGAGAGGCGGAAGAGGUUCUGGAAGUGACCGUCAUCGAUCAAA